AUGUCCCCUGGAGAGUCUGCUCCUCUUGUCUCCAUGAUUUGGGCCCUCAGAGUUAUCCAGGUGGUGGCUGGCACUUCCGCUGCUGUCACGGCGAUACAACCGUCAACUUUCACCGUCCCAGGAGCAUUUCCCACUUCGGUGUUUUCAAAAUAUUACAAUCAACCUACUGCUACGUCGGCUCAGCCCCAACCAGUCAUAUCAGACCCUAUUACUCAUACGACGUAUCCAUUCGCUUUAACGGAUCCCAACGAUAUUCCUGUAAAUGAUACAACAGAUCCUCAUCCGUUACCCCCAACAGCACCUUCAACCUUGAUUUUGCACAGCGCAUUUACGCAAUUGGAAUCACUUUCAACCAGUUCUAUUUUUGGAUCCAACGCGUGUGCCCGCUGCCAAGCUGCUCUGGAAAUCGGAAAGUUCAUUUCCCUCGCAACACCAGCCAACGGUCCAGAAUUUUUUGUACAUUUUUGUGAAAUAUUUAAUAUUACAAGUGCAUGCGAAGUUACGUAUGGUCAGUUCACAGGUGUUGGGUCAGUUCUCACUCAAGUUGUGGCAAAUGCGGACGUUGGCGGUUAUGAUGGACAGGCGCUAUGCCAGAAUUUUUUCAGCAUGUGUCCUUCGCCGCCCACUGUAGAAUUGAAUUUGACCAACUGGUUUACAAAACCCAAACCCCAUCCUCUCCCGCCUCCUAGAAAACCAAGUGGGAAGAGAAUGAAUGUUUUGCACAUAUCAGAUCUUCAUUUGGAUCCUAGAUAUUCUACUGGGUCAGAAGCCAAUUGUACAUCUGGUUCAUGCUGCCGUACGAACAAGCGUAACGCCAACAGUCCGAACUCAAUACUACUGUCCGCUCCUAGAUUUGGAGCAUACCAAUGUGAUUCUCCUCUAUCGCUUGCUAUUGCUGCCCUUGAUGCAAUUCCUAUAUUGACUGGCACGGCCAAUACCGGUUUUCCUAUCACCCUUUACACGGGCGAUCUAGUGUCUCAUGAUCCUGAUAACCAACUUUCAAGGUAG